UGUCAGAGUGUUGACAAAGAGACUUCAGGGAAAGGAGAAGUGAUUUCCCAACAGCUCAUCUCUGACCAGCAGAAACCAGAGGGAAAUGUUGAAUAAGAACCAGAUAGGCUAACUCUGGAUGACACUCGAGACAUUUCAACCACAGAGACUGUAGGACUGAGCCAGUGAUUUCAUGGAUCAAGACAGCUCUUUACGUCCAGGAGAUGAUGGAGACCUGUCAAUGCUCAUUGGUGAGGGGUUGCCGAGGCUCAGGGAUGCUGUCGUCAUGGUGAUGUCACGUGCCCGUCAGAGAGUUGUACAGGGCUUUGUUGUGUCAAGUUUUGUCCUCCUACUCCUCUGGAUCGCAGCCUUUUUAUAUGGGAGCUUCUACUACUCGUACAUGCCCAGGGCUGCUUACUCCUCACCUGUGCACUACUACUACAGGACAGACUGUGAAUCUCCUUCAUCUUUUUGGUGCUCUUAUCCAGUGGCAAACGUCUCUCUGAUGAGGAAUAAGAAACAUGCUCUGACAUUCGGCCAGGCCUAUCGGAUGUCUCUACGGCUGGAGAUGCCUGAUUCCCCAACCAAUCAGGAUCUGGGGAUGUUCAUGAUCAAGACAACCUGUUUCUCUCGGGAUGGGGGGAAAGUUGCCUCCUCUGCUCGCUCUGCAAGACAGCUGCUGUCCGCCACCAGCUCUCGCUUUAGCAUGCUGCGAUACCGAUCUGACCUGCUGAGGUACCUGGGAACGCUGCUGUUCCUCCCGGCCUUUCUGACCGGUGUCGCUGAGCAGAAACAAGUGCUGGAGGUGGAGCUCUUCUCAGACUACACGGACGACCCUUAUGCCCCCUCGGUCACGGCCCUCAUUGAGAUCUUGUCCAACAAGGUGCAGAUCUACUCCUCUGAGCUCAACAUUCAUGCUCACUUCACUGGUUUAAGAUACUUGCUGUUCAACUUCCCUACCCUAUCAGCCCUGGUGGGCGUGUCCAGUAACUUCAUCUUCCUCAGUCUCCUCUUCGUCCUCAGCUACGUGAGGUUGCUGCUGGGAGAGGAGUGGGGGCCGCAACAGCUCAGAGCAGAUGGACUGCUGUCAGAUAGGGGCAAUAACGUGAACAACAACCAGCAAGAGGAUGAAAAAGACGCUGCUGCAGGUGCUGCAGAGCUGCUGGGUCCCCUCCAGAUGACCCCCACAAAUCCGAGUCAGGAGAGGCUCCAUUUGAUCUCAGACGGCGGCACAGAGGUGCAGAACAGACAGAUUCAGCCUCACAUUGAAUAAAUGAAUCAGAGGCAGAGUGAGGACAUUAAUAACAGAGAGGGGUAAAGUGUAGGGAACGAUAAGAUGUAGUGAAGAUUUAAGCAAGAUAUGUGGUUGAAAAUGACUCAGAAAGCACCCACACACCUCUGACAAAUAUGUCGGGUGACGACCUGAGCUGCACUGUUUGAGUUGUGGAUCUUUUUGCUCUUACAUCAUGUCCUCUGUGUUAACACUCACACUGUUUCAUUUUUAAUCACAUGACCCUAUUAUUUAUGGGAUAGACUCACCUGUGCCUUCGUCACCUCACACAAAUCUCUCAUUGUCAGAGCCUUUUUAUUGCUUUGCACUUCAUAGCUGUGAUGUAGUGUCCACUAAAACUGUCCAAUAUCAAAUAAACACAUAAGACACUAUCAAGGAAAUACCUAUAUGAAUAAAUAAAGUAUGUGAGAUAAGCAUGACACUGUAAUCAUCCACUAAUUAUUAUGAGUCAUUAUUUUAUCUGGGGUCUUUUUUUAUGUAUUCCAUCAACUUCUUUUGGCUUCAGGAUGUAAGAAUGUGGAGCUGUGUGUAGAUUAUAACUCUCAUACUGGCUGAAAUGUUACUUUAAAAUGCUUAAAACCUGAUACUUGAUCAAUGUGUCUGUCAGCUGAACAUGUUACAAAACAUUUGUCUUUGUAUGUUCAACCUUUAACUGCACUUCAGUCGGAACAAAACUAUUUUAACAAUCUGAUUGUCACCUGAAAAAAAACGUGUCACCUGUGUCACUUCCACCAUAAACUGUACUCCAGUUGUCUUAUUGCACACUGUUUUUGCAUGUUGUAUGCAAUAUAUAUUUUCGAUCAAAUACCUUGAUAUUGAUAUUGCGACAAGCACUGACUGCUGGUGCCUUCACAAAAUAUUUACACAAUGGAUUUUUGAUAAAUAAUCAUCAUCCAUAAUGUGGAUGUAAUGAAGAAGUGGGUAAAGGCAAAUAUUAGAACAGCUAGUACAGUCUGGUAAGUUCAGAAAAUUACAUCAUUUUCCUGUGAUGCAGCCUUUAGAACCAGGACAAGACACUUCCAAUAUUAUGAUAUCCAAAAUCUAUGUCGAUAUCUCUUCUAAUAUCACAGUAUCAAUAUAAUACCAAUACUGCUGGACCUUACAUCCUAGUGUCCUGUGCUCCCUGUCAUUUGACUGUGCUAAUAAGCUAACAAGCUAACUAAAUUCCACUAACUUAUUUAGGAAAUCCAAACCUGAUUUUAUUGGUUGUUAAACUGCACAAAAUGCAAUGAGACCGGUUUAUAAUAAGCUAGUGAAACAACAUGGAGAACACAUUAACAUUCAGGCGACACAUCAGGACAACAUGCAAAACAACACUGUCAAAUGUGCAGAGAGUGCAACAACACAACUGAAGUAGAAAGCUGAGUUGACACAGACAAAUGUUUUGUCAGGAGAUCAAUCAACAAAGACAAUCAAGACUGUCAAAAUAGUUUUGUCAACCUGUGCAUCUCUUUCUGUUACACAAAAAUAUAUUGAAUUGAUUGAAUUUUCAGUCAAAAUGUGUUUAACAUGGCUGCAAAUCCAUUCUUAAGUUCACUCUGUUUAACUGUUGCAAUAAAACCUUUAAAAAUGUU